GAGAGCUUGGCGAAGCUCGCCAUGGCUGGAGACAGCGCCGCGCACAUUGGGUCGUAUUCGCCGACAACAGGCUUCAUCUUCCUAUUCAACCUCGUCGUUGGUACAGGAGCCCUCACGAUCCCUCAUGCGUUCGCACAAGUGGGACUUCUCUACGGCGCCUUUGCCCUCUUCCUUUUGAGCGUUGUCAGCUAUGUCUCGGGGACGUACGUGAUCGAAGCGAUUGCUGGAGUCAAUGCGCUACAAGGACUGCAACAACAGGUCAAAGGUGUUAGUGCUUCCCAGGCACGAACUUCGGAGACGACGACAGCGAAUACGAGCAGCAUCGACGACACGACAAGCGAGGCGGUACCGUUUCUUGUCCACACCAACGACUUCAACCAGGCGGACGAAGAGUAUGUGUCAGGCUUGCAUUUUGACAUUUCCAAGAAGUUGGAGCUGGCGGCGAUUGCACAGGAGUUAUUCUCUCCCCGCGGUGUUGCGGCGUUCUACGUGUGUAUGAUUGCGUAUUUGUACGGUGAUCUCGCUAUAUACGCCGUGGCCAUCCCCAAGUCCCUCCGUGAAGUCAUUUGCCCGCGGCCGACGCCAAACGUCACAGUGUGGAACUGCCCAGAGCUCCACAUGAGCAGCACUGUGUUGUAUCGUGCACUCGUGGCGCUGUUUGGCAUCUCGUUGGCGCCGUUUGCGAUGGGGCACAUGCAAAAGACGGCGCUGAUCCAAAUUGUGACUACCAUCAUGCGACACCUCUCCUUCAUGCUUAUGAUUGUCCUGGCGUGCGUUGGAAUUGCCCAGGGGCACGGCCGCCCCAUUGCCGACGUCUUGUCCCAUAGCAACUUGGGGUACCUGCCCAACGUCUUUGGCAUCUGCAUCUACUCGUUCAUGUGCCACCACAGUUUGCCCGGGAUCAUCGCUCCGAUCAGCAAGAAGCGCGCCGUCCGGUCCAUCUUCCUUGGUGCUUUUAUCGCCGUGUUUGUGUUGUAUAUCGUGCUGUCAUUCUCGGCUACCUUUCGGUACCUCCCCGAACACAUUCAAGACGUGUACACACUCAACUUCACCACGUACCCGAACGCGUUCAUAGCGUACUUUUUGAGCCUCUUCCCGGUCUUCACCCUGAGCACGACGUUUCCCAUUAUUGCGAUCACGCUGCGCGAGAACCUCCGCACGCUCUUCCAUGCCAACUCGUCGCAGCACGUGAGCGACAUGACGCUGUUUGCGCUGCUUGCGAUCGUUCCCCCGCUCGUCAUUGCGUUUUUCACGGAAGACGUGGGCAUGCUGGUGGGCAUUACGGGGGCGUACGCCGGUCUUGCGAUUCAGUGGGUGAUUCCAGCCUCGUUUGUGUACUGCCUGCGCCAACGCCUCGACGAAGUCGGCAAGUCGCUCAAACUACAGGGCGCCCCCAAGAACCCGUUUGCGAGCUCGUUCGGCGGUGUCGGCUGGCUCGCACUCCUCAUGGGGCUCUCGGCCGUGUCGCUACUCGUCAUCACGUACACUCGCGUGUUCAAAUGAGUGCAGUCGUCCCGACCCCUUGACCGACCCAAUAUAUAUCUUCAAAACCAG